UGGCGAGAGUCUUGCUGGAAAUGUCGGAGCCCAGAGUGGCGAGCGGGUGUGCGUGCGUGCGUGGUGGUGCGCUGGGGCCUUGAGUGCGGGAGUGCGCGGGUCUGGGUCUGCGGCGUGUGUGAGUGCCUUGUUCCCGUGUGUUAUGCUUCACUGCUAGCCACGUUACCCUUACACCUGGACGACUUUCCCACCUGUUCUUUGCGCCAAGGACACUGCAAGACACCCCAACACGUCUCUACCAACGGACAGUGAAGUGGUGGCGUGGCGAGCAGGGCGGCGGCGGCGGCGCUGACGGAGGAGGAGGCGGCGCUUCUGCCUGUGGAGGAGGUGGAGGCGGCGACGGAAGUGGUGACGGCGGCGGUGACGAAGGCGGCGACGAAGGCGGUGACGGAGGCGGUGACGGAGGCGGUGAGGGAGGCGGUGAAAGAAGCGGUGACGGCGGCGGUGACGGAGGCGGUGACGGAGACUGUGGAGUGACCAAACUGAGUGCUAACUGAAGUGGUGCCCCUGAGACAAUUCAUUCCAGUGCAAGGUGACCAAGAUCCACUCACGCCCACGCCCACACCACCACAGCCGCUCGUGCACGCCCGCGAUGCAUCCAGGGGCGGCGUGGCUCCCAAGGGCGCGGCUGAGCGUGGGCUGAGCGGCGCGAAGGACGGCAUGUGAGGGGGCGAGGCCAUGAGGUGGAGGGAGGCAGGCUCACUGGGUGUUCCUGGCCACCCGGGACUGGCUUUGUGGGCGCUGCUGCUGCUGCUGCUGCUGCUGCUCCUGCCCGCCCUUACUCCUGCCCACGCCGCCUGGUGGUUCAUGUCACAGCUUAGCGCCUCCUACACAUCUACGCGGGUUCACUGCAAGAACAUCCCGGGUCUCGUGCGGCGCCAGCGAGUCCUCUGCAACAGACACCCGGACGCGAUGAUGGCGGUGACGGAGGGCGCUGUGCAGGGGGUGCGUCACUGCCAGAAACAGUUCCAAGACGCCCGCUGGAACUGCUCCACGAUACCCCGCGAUGCCUCAGUCUUCGGCAGGCACGUCUUGAAGACAGGCACGCGGGAGUCUGCCUUCGUGUACUCCAUCAACAGUGCCGGGGUGGUGCACGCCGUGACCCGGGCCUGCAGUCGCGGCGCCAUCACCAACUGCGCCUGUGACCUGACCAAGAAGGGGAUCGACAGGGACUGGACGGGGCAGUUUACGUGGGGCGGGUGUUCCGACAACAUUCGCUACGGCACCGCCUUCGCCAGGAAAUUCAUAGACGCGAGGGACCGAGGCCAGAGAGAUUCCCGGGCCCUUAUGAACCUCCACAACAACCGCGCCGGCAGGAAGGGGGUGCGAAAGAAGAUGCGUCUGGAGUGCAAGUGCCACGGGGUAUCUGGCUCCUGCACCGUCAGAACCUGCUGGCAAACACUGGCGCCCUUCGGAGCAACUGCACGGUGGCUGAAGGGGCGUUACGAUGAGGCGACAGAGGUGAGCAUGUUACCGAGCGGCGAAGGACUUGUGCCUCGGUUUGGGGAACAUGAGGCCCCUAGAAAGAAGGACCUGGUAUAUUUGGAGUCCUCGCCUGACUACUGCCUCGCUGACUCCUCCUACGGCUUCACGGGUACUGGAGGUCGGCAGUGCAAUGUUACCUCGCGGGGGCCUGAUGGGUGUGACCUCCUGUGCUGUGGACGCGGCUACGACACACACCGGCGCCUUAUCACCACCAAAUGCGAGUGUAAGUUCCAGUGGUGUUGCUCUGUGGACUGCAAGACUUGUGAGAGUUGGAGGGAUCUUCAUUUCUGUAAACCAUGGGAGGACGGCGCCAAGUCCACGGCCUCCCCCCUCUGACCUGGUGACGCUAAUGAAGGUGCAGUGGGUGUCACGAGGCGGGUAAUCUACGGGUUUCGCUGUGUUUCGUGUCUCUGUUUCGUGUCUUCUUCCCUGUAAGAUUCGUGAGGUUUAUUGGUUUUUGGUGUGUUUGUUUAAAGUCUUCGCGUGGUGUGAUGGUGAGAUUCGUGUAUUUCGUGUUUUAUUCGCAAGUUUUUUUUUCGAAUUAUUUUGUUAGUUUUCUUUGUAAAAUUUGUGUUUCAGUUUCAUGUUUUCUAUUUUUUUUUUUCGUUAGUUUCCUCAAAAGAUUUACGACAUUCAUAAAUUCGUUUUCAAUUCUCAAGUUUCCCUUACACAAAAAAAGCUACCAUCAGUGUUAUAUUUCGUGUUUCAAUUCCACGUCCUCUAAUUCAUCGCCAGUUUCUUCACCAAAACUGCGAUAUUCAUUCCUUCGUGUUUCAGUUCUAAGUCUCCUUAUAUAGUAGUUCCCUUAUAAGACUUCCCCAUCCAACAGCAGAUUAGAGAACUCAAGAACUCGUGUCAGCAACCGUGUAACAUUACGAUACUCCCAAUUAACCAGGUUUUAUUUUUCAAGUCCUCUGGUGCACUGUUUCAUUUGUCAAGUCCCCUUAUGAAGCCUGGCCACUAAAUAUCACACCACACUCAGAGACACAAAAGCACAGUGAGUAUUAACGUAGAUUACUCGACUUAUGGGCAGAGCUGUACUAAAGACCAGCGUGAAGAUUGAAACCAGGUCACAGUGGUGGUAAACGUGACCUGCAUUGUGAGAUUGACCUGUGUAUGUGUUUAAAAGCCGUAUUCGUGACAUGUCUA